AACCGAGCAAGAUGGCGGAAGAAAGUGGAUUGAGAAAUCGGAACCUCACAGCGAUAGAUCGUAAAGAUCGACACUUUGACGAUGAUAUGACGUGGGACAAGAAAAUACAGCUGUCAUGCCCAGUUCAGGAGUCAUGCCCAGUUGAGGAAGCUGCUCCUGGCAUGAAUGGCAUGGAACCAGGCUCUGCGGAGGAGCAGGAGGAGGUGGUAUCAGAAGAGGAGGAGGAGGAGCCAGUCCCUGAAGGGGCAAGACCAAUACAGAUUGUCAUCGCCAACCAGGACGACCACGUUUUCGAACUGGACGCGGUGGCGCUGGAGAAAGUCCUGAUGCAAGAGCACGUUCGGGACCUCAACGUGGUCGUAUUGUCAGUCGCUGGAGCUUUCCGUAAGGGCAAGUCCUUUCUGCUGGACUUCAUGCUGCGCUACAUGCACAGCCAGUCGUCUGACUCAUGGAUGGGGGGAGAUGAUGAGCCCCUGACAGGUUUUUCUUGGAGGGGGGGUUGUGAAAGGGAGACCACAGGGAUCCAGGUGUGGAGUGAAGUUUUUGUCAUGGAGAAACCUGAUGGCAGCAAGGUGGCAGUUUUGCUGGUAGACACUCAGGGAGCCUUUGACAGUCAGUCUACGAUUAAAGACUGUGCCACAGUAUUCGCCCUCAGUACCAUGACUAGCUCUGUGCAGGUUUAUAAUCUUUCUCAGAACAUCCAGGAAGAUGAUUUACAACACCUUCAGCUUUUCACUGAAUACGGUCGACUGGCGAUGGAGGAGAUCUACGAAAAACCAUUUCAGAAACUUCUGUUUCUGAUAAGAGACUGGUGCUAUCCGUACGAGCAUCCGUACGGCCUCGCGGGGGGAAACCGCUUCUUAGAGAAGAGACUGCAGGUGAAGCAGAAUCAACAUGAGGAAUUACAGAAUGUGAGAAAGCACAUUCACUCCUGUUUCUCCAGUAUCGGCUGUUUCCUUCUGCCUCAUCCGGGCCUGAAGGUGGCCACCAACCCGUACUUUGAUGGCAGACUGAAAGACAUCGAUGAUGAGUUUAAGAGGGAGCUGCAAAAUCUAGUUCCACUGCUGCUGGCUCCUGAGAAUCUGGUAGAGAAAGAGAUCAAUGGAGCCAAAGUCACCUGCAGAGACCUCCUGGAGUAUUUUAAGGCGUACAUCAAAAUCUACCAAGGUGAGGAGCUGCCUCAUCCUAAAUCCAUGUUACAGGCAACCGCAGAGGCCAACAACCUAACGGCUGUCGCCGGGGCGAAAGACACGUACAGCAAAAUGAUGGAGCAGGUAUGCGGGGGGGAUAAGCCAUACAUUGCUCCCGUGGACCUCCAGCGCUAUCACGAAGAAGUGAAGCAAAACUCAGUGAAGCAGUUCCGUUCCGUUAAGAAAAUGGGAGGGGUGGAGUUCAGCCAACGCUAUCAGGAGCAGUUAGAAGGAGAGCUGGACGAAGUUUUUGCAAAUUUCGUAAAGCACAACGACAGCAAGAACAUUUUCUACGCUGCGCGGACGCCCGCCACGCUGUUUGCCGUCAUGUUCGUCGCCUACGUGAUCUCCACGGUGACGGGCUUCAUAGGCAUGUCGAUGAUCGCGGGUCUGGCGAAUUUGGUGAUGGGCGUGUCCCUGAUGUCCCUGUGUGCCUGGGCGUACGUCAGAUACUCUGGAGAGUAUCGUGAGGUGGGCGUGGCCAUCGACCUUACUGCGGAGGCAUUGUGGGAACAGGUGCUUAAGCCAUUGACUGAGCAGUACAUGGAGGAGAAUAUUCGGCAAACUGUAGUUAACUCUAUAAGGGCCAGUCUGACUGAACAGGUGUCGCACACAGCAAAGUUAAAGGCCAACUGACGUCACGCACCCUAAAGACACAAUAUGUAGAAUAUGUGGAGGUUUAUUAUUUUGUUUUUGUUUUGCCAUUUUGUAUUUUUUUUGUGUGUGUGUGUGUGUAUAGUUUUGUGUGUAUGUGCGUGUGGAGUCUUCCCUAGACUGAGAAACUAAAAACCAAAGUUUACAGUUACAUAUUCCAAAACCUGACAAGUCAUAGACAUUCAAACGGUAACAGAGAAAUACAAAUGUACGUGACACUAAUGCACACACACUCAGAACGCUCAAGAUACACAAACAAUCCUCAGUUGUUUAAAUGAUUGGUUUCUUUUUCUUUCUUUCUUUUUUUAAAAAUUUUUUUUUUUAUGGGGGGGUGGGUUGGGGGGGCGGCUUGGCUUGGCUUGGCUAGGCAGUAUUCAGGGAAAGGCAACUUCAGAGCUGCCAGGACAAAAGUCACUCUUAUCCUUUAUCAGCAGUUUCCCAACUUUCUCCAUUAGUCCAAUUCUAAAUGCCUGGAAUGGUUAUUGUGAUACAAUUCAUCAGCCGUGAAAAGUCUUUUUUUUAAAAAAAAAAAAAAAAAGGCCUUUAAAUGUUACAUAGGAAUUAAGGUGGUGAUUUUGUGUUAGUAAGAUAACACUAAUAUUUUUGAGUCCUUCGGUUCCAAAUCCAUCCACAACGUUUGCGCUUCAAGUUCCUCUUCGGGUAGUUCUAGAACGUUACUUUAAAAUCAUCAUUAUCACAGGCACAAAGCAUGUAUAUGAAUGUAUAAAAUACCAGUAUUAUAUUACUGUUUUAGAUCAAGAGAAGAUUUCGUUUGCAACUAAACGUAGUUUUAAAAAUGGUCUAUUUGUAAGAUCAUGUUUCCCUUUUCUGUUUGAGCUGUUCAAAUCCAGGGCUUAGCUCCGUGCCUGUGAGGGAGGGCGAACAGGGUGGCUCACUUUGUCUGACUUUUAAAGUUAU